AGAAGCUACUAAUCUAAGAUUUUCUAUCCAGUUUUUCAUGGCUUUUCCUUUGCACAGAAUUCCUUUGCCAAGAACUUUAUAGAAAUCAUUAGCAACUACAAAUUAGAACUUGUAAUAGUCAGGGGAAAAGAGGUGGAAAAUGGCAAAUAAAAAUAUUCUCUUUACAUAACUUGAUUUCUAGAAUUUCACCAUUCUGAUUCUAGGAAUAAAAAGUUUGGCUGAAGAAGCGUCCUUUUGGAUCAACAAGAGAACAAUGAGUUCAACAGAAGAAAUCAAAACUUUUCAAACAUUGUUUAAAUAUCAGCAUUCGUUUAUAACUUUCAAGGUCAUUUCAACUGCCUGUGAGUUGGGCAUCUUCGAUCUGCUGAGAGAGUCAGGAGAACUUCUGUCCUCCGGGACUUUGGCUGAGCACUUGAAGACCAGCCCCAUUGGGCUGCAGAGGCUGCUGGAGGCCUGUGUGGGGUUAAAGCUCCUGACACUCGAGUGGAAGGAUGGCAAAGAUUUUUAUGGAAACACAGACUUUACCAAUCUCUACCUGGUCAAAUCAAGCCCAAAGUCUCAGUAUUAUUCCAUGAAGUUCUAUUCUGAAGUUAUGUAUCCAUCAAUGCAACAUUUGCCUGAAGUUGUGAGGAAAGGAAAAAAUCAGAGUUCAUCAAUAUAUGGCACUCCCAACGUUUUUGAGAUCAUAUACAGAUCAAAGGAAGAGUUACAAACCUCGUCCAGUUUUUUGAAUGAACUCUGGCCUGUCCUAGGAAGAGAAGUGCUUUCUGCCUUUGACCUGUCCCAGUUCCCACUCAUUUGUGAUGUGGGUGGAAACACUGGUGGCUUAGCUAAGGAAUUGAUUUCACUAUAUCCAAAAUGUAUUGUGACCAUUUUUGACCUUUCUAAACUAGCGGAAACUUUCAAGAACCAUUGUUUGCCUUCAGAAGACUCCCAGAUCACUUUCCAUGCAGGUGAUUUUUUUAAAGAUCCCAUUCCUGAAGCAGACCUGUACAUUUUGGCCAGGACUCUGCAUGACUGGUCGGACGAGGGAUGUUUGCAGCUGUUACGCAAAGUUUAUCAGGCCUGCAAGCCUGGUGGUGGUGUCUUAAUAGUGGAAAUGCUUCUUGAUGAAGACAAAAGAGGGCCUUCAACUGCCCACUUCUACUCCUUGUUAAUGUUGGUCUUGACUGAAGGGAAAGAACGGUCAGCAACCGAGUUUAAUGUGCUGCUCCGCAAAGCUGGUUUUCAAAAAAUUGAGUUAAAGAAAGGAAGCCUCUUUCAUAUUAUUCUAGGAAGAAAAUAAUGCUGCCCCUGAUUCCUUCCUGUUGAAUGUGUAAGAUGAAAUUGUAGUAAUCAAAGCCUUGAUUUGUUAAUUACAGGUAUAUUCUAUUCUUCUUCCAGAGUCCAUAGAGUAGGUAGCUAAUCUUUUUUGUUAUCACACAAUGUUUCACCAUAACCAGAGAUCCCUGAUCAUGGCUGCAAAAAUCCUGAGAACCAAUUCUGAGCAAUAAAGAGAUAAAGAAAACUCUUAUCACAUGACAAAAAUUAAUCUUCUUAUAGAUCUUCAGUUUUUCCCAUUCUGAGAUAUGAAGACAAUCUUCUUACACACAUGAAACAAACGACAGGAGUAUAGGAGAAAAUCUGAUGGUCUGGAUCAGGAUUCUAAACCACACAUAUUGCUUUGCUAAUUCAAAAAGCAAUUAAACCCUAGAAAUUAUGCAACACACACAAAAUGCAAUAGGUGCUAACAAGAUGAAUAAAAAUAUUAACUGUAGAAUUGCAAGCCUAGCCACAAGAAAAUUAACAAUUAGUGCUAGGAAUUCAAGGUUUUUAGAUAAUGGCUAUGAAUGUUUCAGAAACAUUCUCUCAUUCUUUCUAUGCCUAGUUAUGCACUUCAAUGCAUAUGAAUUAACCCAAUCAGUAAGAUAACCUUAUGAGUGCUGUAUCCUAUUAAUAGGCUAAUUACUAAAUACAGAUAUUAUAACAAUCAAGAUUUAAAAAUGGUUUACAUAUGUUGUAAAAGGGGCUUAUAACUUCUUUGCUCUUUAAGCUUUUCUAUUUCAUCACUGGUUCUAAAUCUGUCAAUAAACUAAUUUGCAUACUGUG